AUGCCACUUCUCAGUCUGGUUGCACUGGUCAGCUUGGUGUCCACUGUGUUUGCCAAGCAGCUGGACACACACCCACCCCAACAGCAGCACAGACACUGGGCACCCAUCUGCAGUGGGAAUCCAACCAACCAAAUCCGGGGCUGCGACAGAUACGGCUGUGGGAAUUUCGGUGCUGACAGGCACAGUGGCAAAGGAAAGCAUGCGGGUGUGGAUGUCAUCUGCUCUGAUGGAGCGACCGUGUUCGCUCCUUUCAGUGGGCAACUCUCUGGACCCAUUCGUUUCUUCCAUAAUGGAAAUGCCAUUGAUGAUGGGGUCCAAAUCAGGGGAUCAGGUUACUGUGUGAAACUUGUCUGUAUUCACCCCAUCCGGUACCACGGCCAAAUCCGCAGAGGGCAACAACUUGGGAGAAUGCUGCCAAUGCAAAAAGUGUUUCCUGGCAUUAUUUCUCAUAUCCAUGUUGAGAACUGCGACCACUCUGAUCCUACUCAUCAGCUUACACCUGAUGUUCCACCGUUGCCACAAGAAGACAGACGUUGGGCCACAGUGUGUGCUGGGAAUCCUACCAACGAGAUAAGAGGCUGUGAUAAAUAUGGCUGUGGAUACUAUGGAGCUCCAAGACGCAAUGGCAAAGGGAAGCACAGGGCAGUGGAUGUCAUCUGCUCUGAUGGAGCGACCGUGUAUGCUCCUUUCUCUGGACAGCUCUCUGGGCCCAUCAAAUUCUUCCACAAUGGAAAUGCCAUUGAUGAUGGAGUCCAAAUCAGGGGAUCAGGAUUCUGUGUAAAACUGCUCUGCAUCCAUCCUGUAAGAUACAACGGUGUCAUUUCCAAGGGACAAGUCCUUGGGAAAAUGUUGCCAAUGCAAAGAGUAUUUCCUGGGAUCACAUCUCACAUUCAUAUUGAGAACUGCGAUCACUCCGAUCCUGCUAGGAAUCUCGAAAGAGGGAAAGGGCAAAGACAGUGAAAUGGAAACGUAGCAAAUUCCAAAUAAAUUCAUCUCAGCAUCCAAAA